GAAAACGUCAAAUAAAACUGAUGCUUUCCUUUGACAGACUAAAAAGCAUCAACAAAACGAAACUGAACCACGAUGCCGAAGUACUACUGUGACUAUUGUGACACUUACCUCACGCACGAUUCACCUAGCGUCCGCAAAACGCACUGCACGGGCCGAAAACACAAGGACAAUGUGAAGUUUUACUACCAGAAGUGGAUGGAACAGCAAGCGCAGCACCUAAUCGACGCCACCACGGCCGCCUUCAAGGCCGGUAAGAUCCAGCAGAACCCGUUCACGGCCGGUCCUCCGAAACCGAACGUGACCAUUCCUCCGCCUGGGAUGGGAAUGGCCGCCCGGCCUGGCAUGAUGCCCGGCAUGCAGCAACCUCCGCUGAUGAUGGGAGCAAAUCCGGGUCCGCCGAUUAUGGGCAUGCGACCGCCGAUGAUGAUGCCGCUGGGGAUGCCACCGGGACUGCAGAUGCAUGCGAUGCGCCCUCCCAUGAUGAAUGGGCCGCCACCGCAGAUGAAAUAGUAACUGCAUGGACUUUUAACUUUAAACUAAAGAAAAUACCUUUUGUAAGCUUAAAUAUACAUCGCUGUAAAAAA